CAAUCAGAUGCCAAUACUGAUAUGUUGGCCCCGCCUCCUCUGUAGUUUCCUCCUCCAGGACAGAGCAGCCCAGCCGCAGUGUGUCCUGUUUGUGUCAACUUGACGAGUCGAGAUGGCAAAUGUGUUGAGAAAUUCCGCCAAAUUCGGGUUUUCAGGUGUGUUGUCCCAGUUGUCCAUCCACAGUAGACAUGGGAGAGAGUGUGUGUCGCCGUGCUUCUCUCUGCAGCAGAGAAACAGCUCUACCUCACCUAAGAUCAAGGUGGACCUGGACAACAGUACAGGUGUAGCUGUGUUGAGGAUGCAGAGCCCCCCUGUCAACAGUCUGAGUCUGGACUUCCUCACUGAGUUCUGUAUCAAUCUGGAGAAACUAGAGAUGGAUAAGAGUUGUAGAGGUCUGAUCAUCACCUCGACCCUCUCCAAGGUGUUCUCUGCGGGGCUAGACAUCAUGGAGAUGUAUGGGAAAAGUCCGGAGCGCUGUGGAGAGUUCUGGAAGGCUGUUCAGGAGAUGUGGCUCAAACUCUACGGAUCCAACAUGGCCACCAUAGCUGCCAUCAACGGUUCUAGUCCAGCAGGUGGCUGUCUCAUGUCUAUUGGAUGUGACUACAGGAUCAUGGCUGAUAAUCCUCGCUACAGCAUCGGACUCAACGAGACUCAGCUCGGCAUCGUAGCCCCCUUCUGGUUUAAAGACACGCUGGUGAACACGGUUGGUAACCGGGCAGCAGAGCUGGCGUUGGAGCUGGGUCUGUUGUACAGCGCUCCUGAUGCCCUGAAGAUCGGCCUGGUGGACCAGUUAGUACCUGAGGACCAGGUCCUCUCCACUGCACAGGACACCAUGUCCAAGUGGCUGGCUGUACCAGACCAUGCCCGACAGAUCACCAAGUCCAUGAUGAGGAAACAGACCAUUGACAAGCUGCUGUCCAACAGGGAAGCUGACAUCACCAACUUUGUGAGCUUCAUCACUAAAGACUCCAUCCAGAGGUCCCUGCGCAUGUACCUGGAGAUGCUCAAGAGUAGAAAGGCCUAGUCUGGGGCCCGAACGGCUCCCCCAUUCCCUGUAUAGUUCCCUUACCCCUAUAGGCCCUGGUCUAAAGUAGUGCCCUCAGUCCUAUAGACCCUGGUCUAAAGUAGUGCCCUUAGCCCUAUAGACCCUGGUCUAAAGUAGUGCCCUUAGCCCUAUAGACCCUGGUCUGAACACACCCCCUGCCAUAAUGUUUGACUGUUUGGACUGAAACACAGAGCACUGUUAUGAUGUAGGUGAUUGUACAGGAAGUCAUCUUGCCUUUGUCUGUGAAAAUAAUGUUUUUUUCCUAUGAUCUUUUCCUGUACUGUUGGUUUGCAAGUAAACAUCUGUAAAAUACCUUCUGUGGAAUGUGUGUUGAGUUUCAUGUUCUACGAUGUCACGAGUUCAGGCCAGGGUUUACUAAAUUCUGUCCUGCCUCAACGGGUGUGUGUUGAGUUUCAUGUUCUACGAUGUCAUGAGUUCAGGCCAGGGUUUACUAAAUUCUGUCCUGCCCCAACGGGUGUGUGUUGAGUUUCAUGUUCCACGAUGUCACGAGUUCAGGCCAGGGUUUACUAAAUUCUGUCCUGCCCCAACGGGUGUGUGUUGAGUUUCAUGUUCUACGAUGUCACGAGUUCAGGCCAGGGUUUACUAAAUUCUGUCCUGCCCCAACGGGUGUGUGUUGAGUUUCAUGUUGCACGAUGUCACGAGUUCAGGCCAGGGUUUACUAAAUUCUGUCCUGCCCCAACGGGUGUGUGUUGAGUUUCAUGUUCUACGAUGUCAUGAGUUCAGGCCAGGGUUUACUAAAUUCUGUCCUGCCCCAACGGGUGUGUGUUGAGUUUCAUGUUCUACGAUGUCACGAGUUCAGGCCAGGGUUUACUAAAUUCUGUCCUGCCCCAACGGGUGUGUGUUGAGUUUCAUGUUCUACGAUGUCAUGAGUUCAGGCCAGGGUUUACUAAAUUCUGUCCUGCCCCAACGGGUGUGUGUUGAGUUUCAUGUUCUACGAUGUCACGAGUUCAGGCCAGGGUUUACUAAAUUCUGUCCUGCCCCAACGGGUGUGUGUUGAGUUUCAUGUUCUACGAUGUCACGAGUUCAGGCCAGGGUUUACUAAAUUCUGUCCUGCCCCAACGGGUGUGUGUUGAGUUUCAUGUUCUACGAUGUCACGAGUUCAGGCCAGGGUUUACUAAAUUCUGUCCUGCCCCAA